AUGCCGGCAGUCCCGACUAUGAAUAACCGUGACCAUUACGGCUACGGCGCAGGUCGUCGUAUCUGCCCGGGCAUGCACCUGGCCGAGCGGGUGCAAUGGCGAGCUAUAGCGAAGAUACUGUGGGCCUUCGACAUUGUGAUGCCCAUCGAUCCGGUUACUGGAACCGCCGUCGUGCCUGAACCUGAGGCCUAUGAAGAGGGCCUCGUAUCAGGGUCCAAGCCUUUCCAGGUCGAAUUUAGGCUGCGCAGUCCGGCUCAUGAGGCAGUUAUUCUACGUGAGGUGGAGGGGAGCUUGGCCGACCUUCGCAAGUACGAGUAG